CUGGUACUCAGAGAGUGAACACAGUCAAGCUCAGAUUUGGCACAGGGACUCAGUUGCAAGAACAGCACUAGUCUCAGCAGUCACAAGUCUCCCUGUGAGCACUCAAUCUAUAGCUCUGUAAGAUUUUCAGAGAGGACUUUUGCUUAACUUUUAGUACAGUCUCUGCUAAUGCCAGUGACACAUUUGGGUAUUUCAGAAUCCUUUCUUUGUGUCUGGAAGAUCGUUCAUAGGUUGAUAUUGAUGCGGAGAGACUCCAACAAUCUGGAUCGUUCUGUCCUUUGGCACAUUAAGUAUACGCUACAUCCUAAAUCUCGAAAUGUAACCUGGAAAUGGCGCCUUAACUCCACUUUCGAACGAAGAGUUUUAUUAUUUUUCUGCCAUACGUGCUCUUGAAGCGAGGACUAUACUGCAUAUUUCAAGGCAGAUAUUGCAGGGUUAUCUUUGCAAUAUUGCUAGCUGUGUUGAGGGUUGUUCAGUAUUCAAUUUGGUCAAGCCACGAGGAGGUCAAAAUGCGUGAGCUUCUUCCUAUCCCAGUCAAGGAGAGGAAAGAGAGGGAGCGAAUAAACAGCCUUCCCGCGCCGAUUCCUGCCCCAACAUUCCCUAUAACAUACUCCAUCCAAACCUCUAAGAAGUUUCCCUUUUUCCACUUCAAAAAAUGCAGAUACGAGGCGGAGAAUGCCUUCUUCUCCAACCUGAAGCUGGUGGACUUCAACAUUAUCGACACCUUGGGAGUUGGAGGAUUUGGGAGAGUUGAGCUGGUGCAGCUCAAGAGUGAAGAGACCAAAACAUUUGCGAUGAAGAUUUUAAAGAAGCGUCACAUUGUGGACACGCGACAACAGGAGCACAUCCGCUCUGAGAAGCAGAUCAUGCAAGAGGCGCAUUCAGACUUCAUUGUAAGGCUGUACAGGACUUUUAAAGACAGCAAAUACCUGUAUAUGUUGAUGGAGGCCUGUUUAGGAGGAGAGCUUUGGACCAUUCUUAGAGACAGAGGAUCAUUUGAAGACUCCACUACAAGGUUUUACACAGCCUGUGUGGUUGAAGCCUUCGCUUACCUACAUUCCAAGGGAAUAAUCUACCGGGAUUUAAAGCCAGAAAAUCUCAUUCUGGAUCACAGAGGAUAUGCCAAGCUUGUGGACUUUGGCUUUGCUAAAAAGAUUGGAUUUGGGAAGAAAACGUGGACUUUCUGCGGAACACCAGAGUAUGUAGCCCCAGAAAUUAUACUCAAUAAAGGCCACGACAUCUCUGCAGAUUACUGGUCAUUGGGAAUUCUUAUGUAUGAACUGUUGACUGGAAGCCCCCCAUUCUCAGGACCUGAUCCAAUGAAGACGUAUAAUAUCAUUUUAAGAGGAAUCGACAUGAUAGAAUUUCCAAAGAAGAUCACCAAAAAUGCUGGAAAUCUCAUUAAAAAACUAUGCAGGGACAAUCCAUCUGAGCGGUUAGGAAACUUGAAAAAUGGAGUGAAAGACAUCCAAAAGCACAAAUGGUUUGAAGGCUUUAACUGGGAAGGACUGCGGAAAGGAACUCUCAUUCCUCCAAUUAUUCCUGAUGUUGCAAGCCCGACUGACACCAGUAACUUUGAUAGCUUUCCUGAGGACAACGAGGACCCUCCUCCCGAUGACAACUCUGGCUGGGACACCGAUUUCUAAAACUGAAACCCAAAACAUGUCCUGCCCUGGAGCGUCCCGUGCGGUUCAUCAUCCCAAAGAUGAACAAAGAGGACAAUGGAGACGUCAAGCCCAACUCUGUGACACCAAGUUGCCUUCGCCCAUGCUUCUGUCCCACGGAGAAACUGGGGGCGUCCCAGCUCCCGCGACUCUCAAAACUGUCCCAAUAACACAGACAGGAGUUCGUAUUUAUGACACAGCCUUGCAUAUGGAAUCAUGCCUUGCGCUGGAUCUGAUAUAAAAAAAUGAGCCCUUCAUAUUUUUACUCAGCAGUUUUAUGUUUGACAGAUUGCACAAGCAGUGUUUUAUAUAAAAAAAAAAACAACAGAAUUAUAAAAGUAGAGACACGACUGUGAUGGAUUUUAAUUUCUGAACUGCAAAGCUGUGUGCAAAUGCAUUUGCAACAAAGACUCUAAUGUGACAUACUUGCAAAGGCCUUAUUAUGGAUAUAAAUUGAUUGGUUUUAAAUGAA